GGUACAUACCACUACAUGAUACAGAGUGGGAACGCAGGGCAGUACACGUUUAAAAGAGGGUGGGUUUUGCAACUUUAAGAUAACAAUUGGGCGUAACACUGUUCAACAUACUGAGACAACUUGCAGGGUCUGAAGAAGUUAUCAAAAAUAGCGAACAAAAGCUAAUAAAGACGCAAGUGUGCCAAACAAAUCCCCCCCAUCGCUGCGAGGAAAUGGCGGAUGUUAGUAGAGAAGCGCCGAAUCUGAGCUCGCCUGAAAACAAACUCGUGCAAACGCUCGCUUGAGUUGCUUCGCAAAAACACAGAGUGACAGCCGCAAAUCAAUCGACAAGGUCCAAAGUUUCACCAUGGCCUCAAAAAAAAGGCGGACGCCCAACGUCCAGAACGACAGCUGGGUCGUUAUUGCUGCAGGCUCCGUCCUGGACAGCCAGAGGAAGGACAGUGAGCCGACUUUUGUGCGACUCCGGAAUCCAGCCACAGAUGCCGCCUCCUUGUACAUGCUGAGUGGCGGCGGCGGCGACUUGCAGCUUUACGAGGUCAAAGCCUUUGAAGAAGACUUCCGCUCCUGGUUCGUUGGCCAAACAGUCCAGAGAGAUGGGAGGCUUCUGUUUGUCACACCGAUGGAUCCGCUUUAUCUCAUUUUGCCCUACUCGAUCAAAUCUGGAAAAGACGGCAAGUUCCAGCCGGUGGCUCAAAUGGUGAUGGAUGAAGAGUUUCCGGCGUGCACCAGGCUACUGAGCUGCGUGCGUUCUUUGGCCUCCAUGCAUCACAUCACGGAUGAAAAAGAGGUAGGAAGCCUCCAGUUUCACCGAUACAGUCGAGAAAAAACAAUGGCUUGGUUAAAGAAGAAGGUGGAAAAAACAGUCCUUGUGCUCAAGAAGAAGAACAUCUCUGUGGGGGAGGGAGUUAAAUCCUCCACGUAUGUCCGAGUCAAGAUGGAGUCGGACUCAAGCGAGGAGGACUACCUUUCCUACGCCCAUGGUCUAAUAUCCGAGUACAUCAGCCAAGACCUGAGCAAGGACCUCCGUCAUCACUUGCAGUUACCAGAGGUCACAAGUCCAAAGGAGACCGAACCGCCUUUCAAGAAGCGGAAACUGUCCGACAAGCCAGUGGAGCCGGGAGAAGACUAUACCCAGUUCAACAGUGGGGACUUUGCUCGCAAAGGCUGACAUCACCGCCAAGCCUGCUGUUUUGAUUACACUGACAAAGGUGUCAUUUCUCCCACGCCCACGGCAGAGCACUGGAAAUGUCAAGGUCACAUUUGAUUAAACACCCACAGUGAGACGAUACGGAGCACUAAACCUAAACAGCCACUUUAGAUGAAAACCUUGCGCUACAGGAAGCGCAUAAUUCAAUUUGCACCAUCAACCCUUGAUUAAAAUGGCCUAAUUUACAACACUCUCCAUCCAAGACAAAGUCAUUCCGCCGCUCAACCUUUGACUCCGAUAUUGUAUGCUGCUGGUAAUUCAACAUUACAAACCCUGCAAAAAUAAAUUCACAUACGCCCAACAUAUCACACUGACUGGUCACAACAUUAGGUACACCUGUACAAUCCGGAGAUCCAAUAUAAAAGGGUCCUAAUGCUCAGUUUGGAUUGACACUGCCAUAAAUGUAACAGUUUAAUUGUUGCAUUUGUUGUUUGCAUUGCAACAUGCAAAAUGUACCAACUUUCCCAUCCUUGAAUAAUAAUCGUCAUUGUAUGCCGCAGUCUGAUUAGCCGCUGUAUAGUCAAACUUGCACAAUUUGUGCUGAAACGCUUCCGGCAGCUUAAGAGGACACUCGAUGUAUCGGACUAUGAAGUUGUUGUUUCAUGUUUAUACAUUGUAACGCGGAUUGGCCAACGGUGAACAUUUUGUUCCAAUGGAUUUUGCUUCUGUUUGAUGCGUUGUUUUCAUGACUGCUUGAUUGCUUAUAUUGUUUUGGAUUUCAGUGUCUUGCAAGCCUCAGAGAAGAUUUGUGUUUAUGGAAUGAUGAAAUACUAACUGACUGACAUAAAUGAGGCUAGAGCUAUUGGCACAGGAAGCACACUUCUCUGUAUGACGCAGUGCAGUUCCACACCACUCAAAACUGCAGGACAAUAUCGGAACAAUAAGAUGCAAAUUGGAGUAAAAAUGGAGACAUCACAUUGACUCGAAGGCAUGAUUGUAUCUCAUUUUGAUGUUGCAGGUGGACCUAAUUAAGUGUCUUUUAUAUUUUUGCACUUA